GAGAGACUGAGAGAGGAGUAGGAGCGGCAGCGCAGCAGAAGGAGGAGGUCAGUCACGCUGAGAAGGAGCAGCGGAGUAGUACGUAGCAGCGCAGUCUGUUUCUCGAGCCCAUCCUUCACACGCGUUCUUCUUCUGCAGCCGGAGCCUCAGUGUCAUUUUAAAUGAACGCAAAUCAUCUCUGCUAAGAACUUCCUGCAGUUUUAGUGCGUAAACAACCAGUGCCAAAGAAGCGGUUGGGGGUGGACUCUUCGUUUCCCUCCGUCCCUCAAGACAACGUUUCGGGAACGAGAGGAGGUGACUUCCACUCCGCUCCUCCAGAGCAGGGCUUGCACCGUGGCUCUGUCAGAAGUAGCAUGUUCCAGGGAGACUGCGGACACUAUUGAACUCCUGCUUUCACCCAAAGAGGAUUCAAUGAAAAUGUCCGUGUGUGUCCAUGAGAACCGGAAAUCCCGAGCUAGCACCGGCUCUAUGAACAUCUACUUGUUCCACAAGUCCUCCUACGCCGACAGCGUCCUCAUGCAUCUUAACGCGCUGCGGCAACAGCGGCUUUUCACAGACGUCCUCCUUCAUGCCGGCAGUCGCUCCUUCCCUUGCCAUCGAGCCGUGUUGGCGGCGUGCAGCCGCUACUUCGAGGCCAUGUUCAGUGGCGGGCUGAGGGAGAGCCAGGCCAGUGAGGUAGACUUCCAUGACUCCAUCCACCCCGAGGUCUUAGAGCUCCUGCUGGAUUAUGCAUACUCCUCACGCGUGGUCAUCAAUGAGGAGAACGCGGAGUCACUCCUGGAAGCAGGGGACAUGUUGGAGUUUCAGGACAUCCGUGAUGCUUGUGCCGAAUUCCUGGAGAGAAACCUCCACCCGUCCAAUUGUCUUGGCAUGCUGCUGCUGUCCGAUGCCCACCAGUGCACCAAGCUGUCAGAGCUUUCCUGGAGCAUGUGCCUCAGCAACUUCCCCGCUAUUUGCAAGACGGACGACUUCCUCCAAUUACCUAAAGAUAUGGUGGUUCAGCUUUUAUCACACGAGGAGCUCGAGACAGAAGACGAGAGACUAGUUUAUGAAGCUGCCCUGAACUGGAUCAACUAUGACCUGGAGAGAAGGCACUGCCACCUUCCGGAGCUUCUGAGAACAGUUCGUCUUGCCUUGCUGCCCGCCAUCUUUCUGAUGGAAAACGUUUCCACAGAAGAGUUGAUUAACGCCCAGGCCAAGAGCAAGGAGCUGGUGGAUGAAGCUAUCCGCUGUAAGCUCAAGAUUCUGCAGAAUGACGGUGUUGUUAAUAGCCCAUGUGCUCGACCAAGAAAGACCAGCCAUGCCCUGUUUCUUCUCGGAGGGCAGACCUUCAUGUGUGACAAGUUAUACCUGGUAGACCAGAAAGCCAAAGAGAUCAUUCCCAAGGCAGACAUCCCCAGCCCGAGGAAGGAGUUCAGUGCCUGUGCCAUUGGCUGUAAAGUGUACAUCACCGGUGGGAGAGGCUCAGAGAACGGGGUGUCAAAAGAUGUUUGGGUGUACGACACGGUGCACGAGGAAUGGUCCAAAGCAGCGCCCAUGCUUAUUGCGAGGUUUGGCCACGGCUCUGCAGAGCUCAAACACUGUCUCUAUGUGGUGGGAGGCCACACUGCAGCGACGGGCUGCCUGCCAGCAUCCCCAUCGGUGUCGCUAAAACAGGUGGAGCAGUUUGACCCCGUGGCAAACAAGUGGACCAUGGUGGCUCCUUUAAGAGAAGGCGUUAGCAAUGCGGCGGUGGUCAGUGUCAAGCUCAAGCUGUUCGCCUUCGGCGGCACCAGCGUCACCCACGACAAGCUGCCUAAGGUGCAGUGCUACGAUCCACAAGAGAACCGAUGGACUGUGCCUGCCUCAUGUCCGCAACCGUGGCGCUACACGGCUGCAGCAGUGCUGGGGACCCAGAUCUUUGUUAUGGGUGGGGAUACAGAGUUUUCAGCGUGCUCAGCUUAUAAGUUCAGCAGCGAGAGCUAUCAGUGGACUAAAGUGGGUGAUGUGACAGCCAAGAGAAUGAGCUGCCAGGCUGUUGCAUCGGGGAAUAAACUGUAUGUGGUGGGCGGAUACUUUGGCACGCAGCGCUGUAAAACUCUGGACUGCUACGACCCCACGCUGGAUGCUUGGAACAGCAUCACUACUGUGCCAUACUCACUCAUUCCCACUGCUUUCGUCAGCACCUGGAAACAUCUCCCCGCCUGAGCUCUGAGUACUGCAACCAUACCAUUCCAUAAGAUUUCCCCGUUUUUUCAUCAUCUACUGGACUCCAACUGUGAAGAUAAACACUAAAGACAAUGAGCAGUGAUGUACAGACGAGUCAUGAUCAGGACACUUUCCCAGAAUGAUGUCAUCGCUUUACCGAGAAGGGACGAGGCAUACUGUACAGUUAUUCAUGCAAACCAACCAAAACAACUGCUGCUUGUUAUCCGAGGCACAAAUCUUGUCUACACCUUGCAUAUCAGGCUUUUUAUGCUGCCACGCCAAGACUGUAAACAUUGCACACGACCUGUGUUUUUUCCUAUUUACUCGUGGCAGGCCUUGUGGGGCUUCGUAGUAAUGUUUUUCUUCUGUGAUAAAAUAUGUAAAAAUAACUCUUUCAUACAAAGACGGCAAUGUAUAGCAUGACGAAUGUCCCAUUGUUACUGUCGUAGGGCAAAUCCGGUGAUUUGUGUGCAAAAGGAGCAAACAAAGUCUAGUUUGACAGAACACGGGUGAGCUGUAUGAAACGGCACAAUGAAGGAGCAAACCUCCCCUUCUAUCCUCUGGUAACUCCUCGUCCCUGUCCCUGUUCAGAAACACCUCUGAGUGUCCCUCUCGUGAAGCCUCUGGUCGUUUGCUGUCACCGCGAGCCACAAGUUGUUGAUAAACAACACCAGCUGAGGUUGACGACGAUAGAAGGGGAUCGCAGCAGUGCCCCGGGGAGGGGCUGAGGUGGCGUUGGAGGGUCAGUGUGCCUAUAGAGGUGCAUGGCGGGGGUCACGACCUUACAUUUGAGCUCUUUUGCAGCUACGCUUCGACACCCGCGGAAUGCAGUUUUCAGCUUCAGUCAUCGUUUCAUUGGGCUGUACACAACGCCGCUGCACAAGAGCCGCCGUGCAGAAGCGGUGGUUCGAUCUCUGAGUCACAGAUCUAGCCUUCGUAGAGCAUGUCCACUCAUAGUGAUUCUGUAAAACUGGCAUGAACGCUCCCGCCACAGUCCCACAAAUCUUGUCACCUUUAACCUUCAACUGAGACCUGAUCAGUUUAUCUGUUACCUUGCUGCAAUGUAGUCUUAAUUUAUAUGACAACAAUGACGCUACUCCACAUGUGUAAUCCUAUUUAUUUCCUACCUGCCUGUGGUCAUAAGUAAUAGUACCGUAUGUUUGGGUUAUGUCAUGCAUGGCCAGAUGUCGCUUUAUUUGUUGGCUGCAUUUUGCACAGUUUAGGAAUGUUUUCUUUCAAAAGAGACAAAGUUUCUAUUUGACCGAUUAGAUAGGGAUGAGCAAAACAGAGUUACUGCCCAAACAAAAACAAAUGUUUUUUUUUUUCAUUUUCCACCUCUGAUGGUUU